UGUUCUCCAGGGACAGACUGCCAGUAUUGAGUGAGAAAAGGAUAACAUGGGACGGAGACACUGGGUCAGGACCACCAAAUGCCAGCUGCUAGUGACCAGCCUCUUUGUCAUGCUGCUGGGGCUGGCAGUCACCAUACUGACCGUUAUCACCCGCUAUGGGGCUCACUUCAGUAUAAUCAGUGAUGUCUCCUAUGAGGCUAACCCCUAUAGAAUCUUCCACAACGUAGCAUUCUACAGUGGGAUAUGUCUGAGCAUGAUACUGGUCCUCGCAGCCUUACUGAGUACUGUUGCCACAGUGAGAGAAUCAGUGUGCCUCAUGGCAAUGGGAUUCUUCUGUUUUGCCAUUGUUUUCUGUGCACUGAUACAGGCUGCAUUCUGGAGAUACACCAACAACAGUGAGGUAGAAGAUGCCAUGAUGGAUGUGUAUGAUUCUGUGUACGAGGAAGUGAGGAGGAACUUGUCCAGCUUCAGGAGGCAGGAACUAGCUACCAUCCAUGAAACAUUUCUGUGCUGUGGAAAGCAGUCACCCUUUGGAGAAACAGGAGGCAUUGAAAAUGAGACAUGUUCAUCAGAACAUAUGGGCACAGCCAGAGAGGAUUGCCUCCAAGAGAUCCAAGACUUCCUAAAAAAACUUAUGGACUUCGUCUCUGCGCUACUGAUGAUCACAAUCUGCUUCAUGGUUUAUGGGAUGAUUUUAACUUCAUUCCUCUGGUUCUCCAUCCACUUCAGCAACAAUCUGGACCGGAGAGGCAAAUACAUUUUCAGAGAGACCUAGAAAACAGUCAUCCAGCUUCCCCACCAGAGCAAGGAUUUCUAACCCUUGAAUUGGAAAACCAUCUGAAAGUUCUCCACAGAGUUCUCUGAGAAGCUGUGGCUAGGUGACAGGAGCUGGGCCUUGGUACCUUUUAUGUUUCUCUUUACCGCAUUACCUCCUCCUCUGCAUUGUCAGCUGACUAGUGGGAAUGAUCAUCGGGCAGCACAGGAGAGAAAGAUGUGACAUUUUCUUUAAAGACAGAUGGACUGUGACAGGCAGCCAACUGGGGAAUCAGGGCCAUGUAGAGACACAGAUGGGCAUCUUUAGCAUUGGUGUGAGAUGAGGAUGGUAGCAAGGAACCAGACAGCCACUCACCCAGAAAACCAUCGAGCCCAGCUAGCUAAAAACCAAACCCUGAUCCAAUUACUUCUGUCAGUGCCUGAAAACAGACCGCUUAAAACUCCGUCAGUGUGCCAAAACAUACAAAAACUAGAAUACCAGCAAGAAGAAAAAAGAAGUUCAGUUAAUACCCCUCAUGCAGGAAAAUGUCCUCUCAGCUAUAGCCAAAACAAAUGCCUCAUGAUAAUCAGUCCCACCACAAUUCAUGGCAAAACAACCACUUACAUUCAACACACACACACACACACGGUAUGUUUAUACUAUGGGAUUAUUCCAAUUUUACAUAAACCGGUUUUGUAAA